GGAUGUGAGAAUAACUUUGGCAAAAAAAAAUGAUGAGAGAGAGAUGGUUGUUCACUAUGCACUCCCCCACUCAGAGCUUUCACUUUACUGCUGUACACAACAUGUUGGCAACUAGUUGCUGUCUUUCCUUCAUUCCUACACAGAAUAUUAUUCAGCACUCAUCAAUAUCAUCACCUCACCCAACCCCAACAUAAUAAUAUUCUUCAAUCUUAUCAACCUCUUUCAAUUCACCAUAAUUAUUACUUGUAAUUCAAAAUCAAAACCCUUGAUUUUCCACAUCUCUGCUUCACUUUUUCUGCUCUCAUUCAUGGCCAACCUGCUUCUUCAACUCUUCCCUGUCUUGCUCUUCCUUCUGAUCCCAGUUUCACCUCAGCCUGAUAAUCUCCUCUAUACAGGAUUCAAGGGUUCUGGAGCUGAAAAUCUAACCUUGAAUGGGGUAGCAGAGAUAGAGAAAAAUGGAAUACUGAGGCUAACAAAUGAGACAAGUAAGAUAAUGGGUCAUGCUUUUCAUCCAACCCCUUUUCAAUUCAAGAACCCUAGAAAUGGUAAGGCUUUCUCCUUUUCUUCCUCAUUUGCUCUUGUUAUUGUCCCUGAGUAUCCAAAGCUUGGUGGGCAUGGCAUGGCUUUCACCAUUUCACCUUCCAAGGAUCUCAAUGCUCUUCCUAGCCAGUACCUUGGUCUCCUCAACAAAACCAACAUUGGGAACUUAUCCAACCACCUCUUGGCUGUUGAGUUUGACACAGUCCAAGAUUUUGAGUUUAAGGAUAUCAAUGACAACCAUGUUGGAAUCAACAUCAACAACUUGGUUUCCAAUGCUUCUGCCCCAGCAGGGUAUUUCACUGAGGAUUCAAGUUCAAGUUCCAAACAAAAUCUUACUCUCCAAAGUGGGAAACCAAUUCUAGCUUGGGUUGAUUAUGAUUCUGCUGUAAAUGUUAUCAGUGUUACCCUUUCUUCAUCUUCUUCAAAACCCAAAAAACCAAUCUUGUCCUAUGCCUUAGAUCUCUCACCAAUUCUUCAGGAAUCUAUGUAUGUUGGGUUCUCUGCUUCAACAGGUUUGCUUGCUAGCUCCCAUUAUGUAUUGGGUUGGAGCUUGAAAAUCAAUGGACCAGCUCCACCCCUUGAUCUCUCUUCUCUCCCAAACCUUCCAGGGCCAAAGAAGAAACAUACAUCUGUCAUAAUUGGAGUUUCAGUAUUUUUUGUUCUUGCACUUUCUGCUGCUAUCUUAUUUGGCAUUUACAUGUGGAGAAAAUACAAGAAUGCUGAUGUGAUAGAAGAUUGGGAGCUUGAGAUUGGGCCACACAGAUACUCCUACCAAGAGCUCAAGAAGGCCACAAAAGGUUUCAAGGAAAAAGAGUUACUUGGGCAAGGUGGGUUUGGUCAAGUUUAUAGAGGAACAUUGCCAAAUUCCAAGACCCAAGUAGCUGUUAAGAGAGUUUCACAUGACUCAUCACAAGGGCUAAGGGAAUUUGUGUCAGAAAUAGCCAGUAUAGGCCGGCUUCGCCAUCGGAAUUUGGUUCAGCUUCUGGGGUGGUGUCGCCGCCGCGGUGACCUCCUCCUUGUGUAUGAUUUCAUGGCUAAUGGAAGCUUGGACAAGUACUUGUUUGAUGAGCCGGAAACCAUCUUAAAUUGGGAACAAAGGUUCAAGAUCAUAAAGGAUGUUGCUUCAGCACUUCUGUAUCUACAUGAAGGCUAUGAGCAGGUGGUGAUACACAGGGAUGUGAAAGCUAGCAAUGUGCUUCUAGAUAGUGAACUCAAUGGAAAACUAGGAGAUUUUGGGUUAGCAAGAUUGUAUGAACAUGGGGCUAACCCAAGCACCACAAAAGUUGUGGGAACUUUAGGCUAUUUGGCACCUGAGUUUUCUAGAACAGGAAAAGCCACUCCUAGCUCUGAUGUUUUUGCAUUUGGGGCACUAUUACUUGAGGUGGCAUGUGGGUUUAGACCAAUUGAGGCAAAUGCAUUACCAGAUGAUUUGAUUUUGGUGGAUUGGGUUUGGAAGAAAUAUAAAGAAGGGAGAGCACUUGAUGUGGUGGACCCAAAACUAAAUGGUGUUUUUGAUGAAAGUGAGGUGCUCAAGGUGUUGAAAAUGGGGCUAUUGUGUUCAAGUAAUGCAGCCACGGAUAGGCCUAGCAUGAGGCAGGUGGUGAGGUUUUUGGAUGGUGAAGUUGGUUUGCCAGAUGAGUUGAGAAAGUCAGGGGAGAUAGGUCACCAGGAUGGUUUUGAUGAAUUCUUGCACUCUGUUGAACCUUCCUCAUUUGAUAAGAGGAGUUCAAGCUCCUCUAUUAAACAUGGAGACUUGAAUUCUGGUUUUUCUUCUUUUACUAGUGAGUUAAGAAAUUCACACAACACUUUCUAAAAUAUUACUUUCUCUCUAUAUCUCUUUUUUUAUCAUAUCAACCAUUACAUUUCACAGUCACAGUUGUCUCUCCUUGUUGUACAAAUAUUUGUUCAAAGUAAUUACAAAUACAAAUUACUGUUGCUGGUAGAGGAGAAACAAGGUGAUUCUCUACAUUUUACCUGGAGUUAUACUUUCUAUACUCAAGAUACUGGUCUGUUUUAUCAUCACAUGUUGUAUCAGAGCUGUAGACAAAUUCUUGUCAUGAUGAAUUCAAUUCCCAAACGGUGAGGUUUGUAUUUUACUUUUGUGUCUGUUACUAGUUCCAUUUUCUGGAUUCAUAUUGUCCCCUUUCUGACAUAGUUACAAGAACAAUUUUGUUUUUACUUCUGCAGUUUUCUUGUGUCCUAAGAAUUGAUGAUACAAAUUGGUUUUCAAGGGCUCCAAUUGUCUCUUUUUUAGUACAGUUCAACUUGAAAUUCCUAUCUCAUCCCACUAGAGCAUAUUUUACACAUGUUUUUCCUUUUUCAACAUUACUAAGGUGUUUUCUGAAGAAGUGAGAAAAAAAAACUCCAAACCUGAUAGCUGAGACAAACUUCCUCAUAUAUUUUGUAAUAGGGCUAAAUGUGUAACCUCAAUCUUAUUUAUCCAAGUUGCUGAUAUUUUUUAUUUCAGCCUCUAAGCAUCUCAUUCAUGCUGAAAAAAAUAAUCCUAUAUUAAAAGGAGAAUUUCCGAUCUCCAAUUUGUUGUUAUUGUCAUCCAUUAUUGAACUCAAUAAACUUUUUAAGCUUUUUUCUUAGUAAGUAUGGUAUUGAAUUCUAUGGUGUCAACCACUAAAAAAACUUUCGACUAACCUGUUCAUGUCUAAGGAGGCAUCUUCAUGAACCUGUUCCCCAAAACUGACAACUGCUCUGGUUAACUUUUGGACGAGCCAAUAACUCGAACACGUUCGGUCUGUUUUUUUAGCAAGAAUCACAGCGUUACCUUACCUUCACCAUGAUACGGACUCCAAGUUCUUAUGGCAGAGCGCGAGGAGAUUGAUCAUAUCAAUAUGAUGAUGGGAAUGGAAACCAGAACCCCAUUGAAGCCCUCAAAGCUGAUACAAAAGUUCUACUUCGUCAAACUCAAUAG